UCCUGUGCAAUAAUGUAUAUAUGACAACAACUUGACAACACAACACAACACAACACAGCCUGAACUGAACUCAACAGGAAGAGGAGGAGACAGAAUAUAUACGACUGAAUUAAAGCUAAAUUGGACACAAGGAAGGGAGAGGCUGAAUGAUAAGGGUUACUCUGAGUGUGUGUACGUGUGAGUGUGUGUGUGUGUGUGUGUGUGUGUGUGUCUGUUUGUGGGUCUGGACUUUGAUCGAACCCAUCUCCAGUAAAUGAGUUUAUCACAGUCCUGUUCAGCAGAUCAUUGUCUCUGGAGCCGUGCAGCCGCUGUGUGACUUUGUGAAUCCUUAAAUAAAACACACUUCUUUCCCCCCCGUGUUUCUUCUGUGGGUUUGUUUCUGAGGUGGAACCCGUGUGGACGUGUCUCUUCUGAAACGCAGACAUGAUCAGCCGCAACUUCAAGAAUGUGCUGGUGGUGUCCGUGGGGUUUCUGUUCCUGUUCACGGCGUACGGGGGCCUGCAGAGUUUACAGAGCAGUCUGAAUGCGGAGGACGGGAUGGGCGUGGCCUCUCUGAGCGUCAUCUAUGCCUCCAUCAUCGUCUCCUCCAUGUUCCUGCCGCCAAUCAUGAUCAAGAACCUGGGCUGUAAGUGGACCAUCGUCCUCGGGAUGUUCUGCUACGUCUCUUACUCCUUCGGAAACCUCUACCCAGGAUGGUACACCCUCAUCCCCACCUCUGUGAUCCUGGGUUUGGGGGCCUCCCCCAUGUGGUCGGCCAAAUGCACGUACCUGUCCAUCGCCGGGAACGCUCAGGCCGCCAAGGACGGAGAGAAGGGCCCCGACGUCAUCAACCAAUACUUCGGCAUCUUCUUCUUCAUCUUCCAGUCGUCGGCCGUGUGGGGAAACCUCAUGUCGUCGCUCAUCUUCGGACAGGACACGGACAUCGCGAACAUCCCAGAGGAGCAGCUGAUUUUCUGCGGAGCGGCCGACUGUGGCCUCAACAUCAGCUCCAACAGCACCACCUCCAGGCCGGCUCAGGAACUGGUGUGGACGCUCGUCGGGAGCUACAUCGGUGUGGGUGUUGUGGCCAUCCUCAUCGUGUCAGUGUUCCUGGACAACAUCGACCGGGAGCAGGCCAGCGAGUUCCGCGGCAGCCACGAGCCGUUCGGUCGAACCUUCCUGGCCACGUUCCGGCUGCUGAAGGACUGGAGGCUGGUGACGCUCAUCCCUCUCACCAUGUACAGCGGCUUCGAGCAGAGCUUCCUGUCGGGGGAGUACACCAAGAACUACGUGACGUGCGCUCUGGGGAUCCACUACGUCGGCUUCGUGAUGAUGUGCUUCGGAGCCACCAACUCCGUGUGCUCCUUCAUCUUCGGCCGACUGGCUCGGUACACGGGCAGAGCCGCCCUCUUCUUCCUCGCCGCUCUGACCAACUUCUGCUGCAUCAUCGCCCUGCUGCUGUGGAGGCCGCAUCCGGACGAGCUGGCCGUGUUCUUUGUGUUUCCCGCUCUGUGGGGAAUGUCCGACGCCGUCUGGCAAACUCAGACCAACGCGCUCUACGGCGUCCUCUUCUCCGCCGACAAAGAGGCGGCGUUCGCCAACUACCGCAUGUGGGAGUCCCUGGGCUUCGUCAUCGCCUUCGCCUACAGCACCUUCCUGUGUCUGGAGACCAAACUGUACAUCCUGCUGGCCGUCCUGCUGCUGACCGCCGUCACCUACCCCAUCGUGGAGUACCACGCCUGGAAGAACCCCGCGCCGGACGCCAAGGAGGCCUUCUUGACACAAGAGGACAAAGUCAUCUGUCAGACAAAGGUCUAG